AUGGAUCGUAGUUGGAUAUCAACAACAAAGCCGGGUGACCCUAAAUAUCUAGCGGGUGUUAGACAUUUUGUAAACUUUGUUGUUAAGAAUAGUCAAUUGGUAUCUAAAUUACCUUGUCCGUGUUAUAUAUGUCAUAACUUAAUGCAUCAUAGAGUUGAUGAAAUUCUCAAACACUUAAAUAAAUGGGCAUUUGAUAGAACAUAUACCCGUUGGAUAUGGCAUGGUGAACCAAAGGAAAUAUCUUCAACAAGUAGUAGUACUAAACAUGAUGUGCCGGAAGAUUAUAUGGAUGAGGGUGAUAGACUAGAUGACCUGUUACGUGAAGCUGCUAGUAGUGCUCCUGAAAAACCAGAAAUAUUUGAGAGUUUGGUUCAUGAUUCUGAAACACCCCUGUAUGCUGGCAGUAAGCAUUCAAAACUGUCUAGUGUACUUAGGUUAUAUAAUAUGAAAGCAGGAAAUGGUUGGAGUGAUAAGAGUUUUACUCAACUGCUUGAAUUUUUAAAAGAGUUACUUCCUGAUGAUAAUGUCCUUCCUAAGGGAACUUAUGAGGCGAAAAAAAUAUUAUGCAAAAUGGGUUUGCAAUAUGAAAAAAUACAUGCUUGUCCUAAAGAUUGCGCAUUAUUUAGAAAUGAGCAUGAAUCAUUGAAGACUUGCCCGGUAUGCAAUGCCUCACGGUACAAGAAAAAGCAAGGAGUGCCAGCUAAGGUUUUAUGGUACUUUCCAAUCAUACCAAGAUUUAAAAGAACAUUCUCAAAUGCAGAGGAUGCUAAAAAUUUGACAUGGCAUAAGAAUGGUCGACUUGAUGAUUGGAAACUUAGGCACCCAGCCGACUCCCCUCAAUGGAGGUUUAUUGAUGAUAAAUUUGAGAACUUUAAGAAAGAAGAACGUAACUUACGCCUAGCCUUGUCUACUGAUGGUAUGAAUCCGUUUGGCUCUCUUAGCAGCACCCAUAGUACUUGGCUGGUAAUUUUAGUGACUUACAACUUACCUCCUGUGUUGUGCAUGAAAGGAAAGUACAUGAUGUUGUCAAUGAUAAUUUCUGGGCCAAAGCAACCAGGAAAUGACAUCGAUGUGUACCUAACUCCUCUAGUUGAGAAUUUGAUAUUGUUGUGGGAAAAAGGUGUAGAUGUUUAUGAUGCACAUCGAAAUGAAAAUUUCAAUAUGCGGGCAUUAUUGUUCACUACCAUUCAAGAUUAUCCAGCUUAUGGCAAUCUCUCAGGACAUACGGUCAAAGGAAAAACAGCUUGCCCUAUAUGUGAGGAUGGUACCGAAGGGAAGUGGUUAUCAGCAUUUGGUAAAAUGGUUUUUAUGGAAUAUCGUCACUACCUUCCAGUAGAUCAUCCUUAUCUGUUUGAAAAGGUGAAAAACAUCCAAAUUACAUUCGGUAAGAAAAAGGAACACAAAGAUGCAAUUCCUUCGAAGGGGUACAAGAAGUGUUCAGUAUUAUGGCGUCUACCUUAUUGGAUAUUCCUCUUUGUGAGGCAUUCUCUUGAUGUGAUGCACAUUGAGAAGAAUGUGUGUGAUAGUGUAAUUGGUACUUUGUUGAACAUCCCCGGUAAGACAAAAGACGGAGUUAAAGCUAGAGCAGACUUGAAGGAACUUGGAAUUAGAGAAGAAAUCAGUGGGCUUAAGAAAUCAGUGGGCUUUUGA